AGCACAAUUCAUAUUUUACACAUUACUUGGAUCUUCGUCAACCAUGGCCGCACCUACAAAUAUUGGGAAAUAGCUAUGCAGGGGACAAAGGUGGUCAUAUAGUUUGAUCAAUGCCUUGAGUUGAUAUUUGUUUUGCUGGGGCCUUUUUGGGCCGAAUUAAUUGGCACAGUGUGUGCUCUUAAUCGUGCAGUUGAAGAAGAUGAAGCCAAUUUUCAUAGCCAUUCAAAUCUCUGUGGUAUUGGGGACUCUGAUAGCAAUGGCAUAUUUGGGGAAGCCCGUGUACUGGGACAUCGUGAAUCAGACAUUUAACAGUUCUGGGGCAAACAUAAAGGAUGAUUCCAACUUAAAUGUUUCUCCACCUAUGUCAUCUGAUCCUAAAGAACCAUCCGUUCGUUCAGUUUGGGAAAAACCCAUUUGGCAAAUACCACCUAUUGCCAGUAAAAUGCCAUCGUCAAAGGCUUUUGUAUUGAGCAAGGAAAUGGUUGAUUCCCGAUCAAAAGACAACAUUAUUAUUGUCACAUUUGGGAAUUAUGCAUUCAUGGAUUUUAUUCUUAAUUGGGUCAAACACCUCACAGACUUGGGACUUGAUAAUCUUCUUGUUGGUGGAAUGGAUGAAAAAGUUGUGAAGGCUUUGUAUUGGAAAGGAAUUCCAGUUUUUGAUAUGGGCAGCAAAAUGAUAACAGCUGAUGCUGGUUGGGGAUCGCCAACAUUUCAUAAGAUGGGACGAGAAAAAGUAUUUUUGAUCAAUGUUUUUAUGUCCUUUGGUUCCGAGCUAUUGAUCUGCGACACGGACAUGGUUUGGUUGAAGAAUCCUCUUCCAUAUUUUGCUCGCUUUCCUGCAGCUGAUGUUUUAACAUCAAGUGAUCAAUUGGUACCUACAGUGUUGGAUGAUAGGCUAGAAGCUUGGGAACGAGUGACAGGUCCAUUCAAUAUUGGAAUUUUCCACUGGCGUUCAUCAAAUGUGACGAAAAAAUUAGCAAAGGAAUGGCAUGAGAUGCUUAUAGCAGAUGACAAAAUCUGGGAUCAAAAUGGUUUUAAUGAUCUUAUGCAUAGGCGUUUUGGCCCAGCUGUUGAUGCAGAAAGUGGCCUUGUUUAUGCUUUUGAUGGCAUACUUAAGCUUGGCAUUCUACCUGCAAGUAUCUUUUGCAGUGGACAUACAUAUUUUGUUCAGGCCCAAUAUGUGCAACUAAAUUUGGAUCCAUAUGCAGUGCAUACUACAUUCCAAUUUGCAGGAACUGAUGGCAAGCGACAUAGGCUGCGUGAAGCCAAGUUUUUCUAUGACAAACCAGAAUACUAUGAUUCAAAAGGUGGUUUCUUGUCAUUCAAUUCCUCUAUUCCUGAGGAGUUACUGGCCGGAGGAGAACAUUCAGUUGAAUCACAUUUUGCUCUGGUUAACUAUCAAUUAAAACAAAUACGGAGUGCACUUGCUCUUGCAUAUAUACUGAACAGAACACUGGUUAUGCCUCCCCUAUGGUGCAGGUUUGACAGAAUGUGGUAUGGACAUCCAGGGAUAUUGCCAGGAACUCUAACACGACAACCUUUUUUAUGUCCUAUGGAUCAUGUAUUCGAGGUAAAUUUAAUGCUGACAAGCUUCCCAGAAAACGAUUUUGGUCCAAAUAUUGAUUUUCGAGAGUAUUCAUUCCUUGAGAAUCCACGAGUUCCAAAGCAGGUUAAGGAGUCAAAGCUGAAAGUUGAAAUGUGUGAUGAAGAGGGCAUUGAUGGAUGUAUUAUGAGCACCACUAAAGAACAAACCGAAGUUCUCAAGCUACCCAGAAAUAAGUCAGAAAAACAGGUUAAAGCAGCAUUGUUGCCAUAUAAGGACGUAAAAGUUUUAGAAUUUUCUUCUAUGAAUAAUGCACUUGGUGCUUUCUCAAAUAAAGCUAAAGAAAUGAAGUUCAGGAAUAGGGUCAAAAGAUAUGUGGGAAUUUGGUGCUGUCUUGAAAGGUUACAGCGUGGUCAUAUAUGGUAUGACAUGUACUGGGAUGAGAAACCUGGCUGGAAACCAAGACCUCCUGCAACCCAAGAAGAAGACCACCCUCAGUGGUGAGGCAAAUAAGGUCCUUUUGUUAAGGCUUUCAUAAAGUUUUUGAAAUUUACUCAGUCCGGUUUCAAAGAUUCUAUAUAUAUGCGAUCUUCAAGUAUAUUUGACAACACUGGAGCAGACACAGAGCAAUUCAAGAUUUAUUCUGAAUGAAUCUUUCCAUGAAUCACUUCUCUGCAAAUCAAUUUUAUAAGCUUUAUCAUGGCCUCAAAAUUUUCUGAGUGUAUUAUAGGAAUCUCCAAAUGGUGGACACCAUAGAGCAAACAACAACCUUUUUGCAAUCAACCUCCUACUUUCUCAUUAUCACUAACAAACUUCGGAAUGUGAAUCAUUUGUGGAACAAAGCAAUCCUUGACAAGAUGACCUAGGUAUGAAUCUCUUUAUGUAGCAAUAAUUCUUGGCUAACUAUAGGCAUGGCCAUUGCGAAUCACUCAUAUGAGGUAUUUGAUACAGUUACACAAAACUAUGGAGGAAAUGCUAAGUGUACUAUGGCAUUCCGCUCCUGCUAUUUGCUGGUAGGUGCGUUGCAACUAUGAAGAUGUACUUUGGAAAAUGUUUUGACAUUUUAAUUUUGAAGAUAUCUGUUUCAUUUUGGUCAA